GUCGGCACUCUCAAAUUCAUUUGUUUAACCUUUGUUCAGCAUCCGCCCUCUUCUUCCAAGAUGAGACUUGUUGUACCAAUAAUCCUCUCUGUUGCAGUGGCAGGUUUCCACAGUGUGAUUUCUGCAUCUCUGCAAUUGCAUGAAAGGACUGAAUCACCCGAAGAGAGAGUGUAUGAAGUGCACAAUACGACACAAAAACUAGAUGAACUGGAGUUUGAAGCAGCCCAUGUGGAAGAUGAAGAAAGUUUAGGAGUGACUCACAUGGAGGCAAAUGUUGAAGAAUCAGAAGAGAUAGAAGUGCUUGAUGAAAAAGAGACUGAAGAUGAUGAGAAAGAGACAUUAACAGACACUACAGGAGAAAACGCCGACAGUGACGAGUCCGUAGAGCACAGUGAGCAGGCUGAAGAGAAUGUGGAAAGUGUAGAGGAUAUCACUGCGGAUCAGAGCAUCGAAUAUUAUGAUUCUUAAAACGUUGCCAAGCCAAGUGUGAGAAGGGGCUGUACUGGAAUCUAUAUAUCUUUAAACCUAAAUACCAACUUGUUGCAUAAAGCAAAAUUGUUAACAAAUAUGCCACCUGGCACGAAAUGACAAAGAUCACUGCAUGUAUUGUGACCUCCUUUCACACAAUUUCAAAGAUCGAUGCUUUUUUCUUUUUUUAAUAAAUCCUGAAAAUAUUGACCAGUGUGCAACAUUCAUAUAAAAAUGAAAACAUUCAGAUGGGUGUAAUAAUAGAUCGAGCUUACAUGUCCUCUUAGGAUGUAACAGUUUAUUGAGUUGCAGAUGUGGGUAGUGUUAAAACAUAUCUAGGGCGGCUAUCCAGGCCAGCGCUGUCUACAGUCCUUGGGUUUAUUUAUAUCGUCUCCAUUGUCCCAGCUUAUUUUUGGACCAAAGAUGCAAUGCUUCCCUGAGUCCCACAACAGCCUGAUGAUACAUAGCUGUUUAACUCAAUAUAGUCUACAAAAGGCCCUUAAUUCAAGUCUCAAUGAAUGUUUUAUUGUUUGCAAAAGUGUUAGGUUGAAAUUUUGAUGCUUGUGUUGAAAAAUAGAUUAGUGAUAUACCCAGUUUGUCUGAUAACCGCUAUGAAUGUAAACAUGUUUUUAGACCAAAUAUUCAAGUACAAACCAAAACAUUUAUUGUGCAGUUUAACUGUAUAAAAUCAACAUGAAACAAGCAUUUGCAGCCUAUUUUACUCCCAUAAUUAUUCUUCAGUUAUUGAAUAAUAAUAAUUUUAAAAAGGGGUGUAGGGCUGGACUUUUAUCUAGUAAGAACUGAAUGGACCUUAAAAAGUAAGCAUUGCUACAGUAUACCAGAAUGGAGUGAGACUUGAAUACGAGUGGAAUGCAGUGCAUUUGUGGAGAACUUCUCUAUUCCUGAAACACAGCCAGCACCCACUUUUUAGGAGGUUUUUAACUGAAACAUUGCCUGAUCAAUUUCGAUUUUCAUAUUGACUUUAAUACUUACCUGCUAAAACCUGGCACAAAAAGACUACACUGUUUGUAGUUUAACGUUAUCUUCUUCCAAUAAUGGUAAAAAAAAAAAAAAACAAAACAAAAAAAAGACCGAUAGCAAUAGCCUAAUUAAAUAAAAAGUUAAUUAUGGCCAAUACUAGCUGCUGCAUUUUAAACAAGUUUAAAAACUCUGCAAAAAUAUGUAUAACAAUAAUCAAGUCUUGAAGUUAUGAAUGCAUGACCUUUUAUUUCAUGAUAUAUUUCAUAACUUAGCAAUGUUAAUUCUUAACUUGGCAAUAUUUCUGAGAUGAAUGAUGUUCUAGAGACAUUAGAAAUGUGGCUUUCAAAUGACAGUUCACUGUCAAAAAUGACAGUUGCAAGAACCUUAGUGGCAAUCACCUUAUAGUUAUAAUUUAGGGGUUUCUUAACUUAAGGGGUUUCUUUCAACUGAAGAGGAUGACACGAACAGCUGAAUCAGCAAGGCAGAGAUUGUAAUUGAGAUUAUUUCUAAAAGCAUUUUGCCCAAUGAUUAGAACUCGUUUUUAUAACUGGUCAUCUAGCCUUUGAUGUUUUUAUGAAAUCCAAUAUCUGUGAAAUCUCAUCUAGAGGAAAUAUAAACCGGUGUGUCAUCAGCAUAACAAUGAAAGCUAAUACCAUGCUUCCUAAUGAUAUCACUAAAGGUAGCAUGUAUAAGAACAAAGGGCCUAAGACUGAACCUUGUGGCACACCAUGGUCACCAAUAUACUGUACAUCCCUUAAAUUACUUAUAGUAAAUUCAGAGUGAAAGGAAAUCAGUCAUAUCAUUUACUGGUGAAAUGAAUAAACAAAGACAUGUGAUACACAAAAAGACAUUUAUUCUUUCAACCCCAAAGCACAGUAUGGACAACAGUGUGCUGGAAACAAAAGCCAACACAACACUCAACGUUUCUCUUUGGUUCCCAAAAAAAAAAAAAAAAGAAAAAAAAAAAGAAAAUAA